AGGGAUAUGGAAUUUGAUCUCGAAGAAGAUCGAGAGGGCUGUCUCUAUGGACUAGAAACGGAUGAGAAAUGCAAACCCCCAGAUGUGCUUAGAGUGACCCAGAUCUUUACCGAGGCCGACUCUACACCCGACGCGAAGCGCAAUGGAGGUGCUACUGCCGAUGACCUGGUGCAGGGCCAGCUGGAGGACUGCUGGUUCUUAGCUGCCCUCGCGACUGUAUGUACUGCGAGCACUGGCAAGGAGACAAAUUGGAUAGAGGAGCAUAUCAGCGUCGCGCAUCAUCCUAGAAUCGGUGUUUACGGUUUUAUUUUUUUUCGGGAUGGGUGUUGGGAGGAUGUUGUAAUAGACGACCUCCUCUUCGUGCAUUCACCCAAAUAUGAAACAUUGCCGCCGGAGGAGCAACUUCGCUUUCGGAGAGAUAAACAUCGAUACGAUACGGAGGCUCGAACUGGAUCUAAAUCCCUCUACUUCGCUUCAUCUGGAACCGAAGGCGAGACAUGGGUUCCAUUAAUUGAAAAGGCUUUUGCGAAGCUGAACGGAGACUAUGCUGCAUUGAACUAUGGCUUUGUGUGCGAUGCUGUAGAGAGUCUCACUGGGUUAGUGCCACGCACUUCAAAGCUACUGUUUCUCUCACAAGAGCGUUUCAGGGGAGUUUAUAACUGUUUUCACCUACACGAUGUGCUCGACAGAGAUAAAUUUUGGAACGAAGAGUUGAUGAAGCAUUAUGAAGAACACGCAUAUUCGGUGAUCGAUGCUAUCGAGCAUCCUGAAACUAAGAAACGCUUCCUCAAAAUUCGGAAUCCUUGGGGUAGUGGCGGCGAGUGGGACGGGCCGUGGUCAGACGGGUCAAGCGAAUGGACACAGUUAUUCCCUAUCGAUGUCGAUAAGCUCAAUCAUACGUUCGGGAACGAUGGCCAAUUUAUCAUGGAAUACGACGAUUUCAUGUCCACGUGGUCAUACGUGGAUCGUACCAAGUUAUUCAACCGUCGUUGGGUCUAUAGCUUUCAUUGGCUCAACGUCUCAGCCCGUCCCCGACCUUCUGCGUGGAGCCCUGGUGACGUAUCUUUUACUGUUAAAAUAGCAAAGAGGACUCCGGCUAUAUUUGUGCUGUCUCAGUUGGACGAUCGCGCCUUCCAAGAAUUGUCAGGAUGCUACAAGUGGUCUUUCGACUUCGUUGUGUACAAAGAGGGUCCGGAGAAACGAGAGGUCGGGAGAUCCACGCAUGAAAGACUAUGGCGGCGCAGCGUGAAUCUCGAGUUGGACAACCUAGAAGAGGGCACCUACAUUGUUCACGUAUGGCUAUAUGUUGUUGGUAAUUGCUAA